AUGGAUAUAUGUUUUGUUCUGAAUCUACUCGAUCAUGACGGAGUGUCUCAUUGUAAAAUGCCUUCAAUAUUCAAGAAGGAGACCUCAAUUGAGCAGUUAAAUGAGUUCAUGAGAUCAGUGUGGCAGAUUAACGUAGAGUAUCAAGAACUCUUUUUAAAUGAACAGCAGAUUCUUACUCUGGAUUCUACUCUUGAAGAACUUGGUGUGAAGAAGGGCGAUGAGAUCGUUGUUAAACACAGUAGACUUCAUGCUUGGGUAGCUUGCUUGAUGAUUGCUGAUAACCUGACAAAACAGAAAGCUGAACAUUUGAAUUCGAAGAACGCGAAAAUGGGAGUUCAGCUUUUGAACAAUUUGGACAGUAAUAGCUUCUUCUCAACGUAUUCAAGGUUUCUUAAAAAGCGCAUAGAGAUAUCCGAAUUAUUCGACCGCUACGUUAUUGGCAUUUAA